UCUGAGGAGACAUCUGAGGAGACAUCUGAGACAUCUGAGGAGACAUCUGAGACAUCUGGAGACAUCUGAGACAACUGGAGACAUCUGAGACAUCUGAGGAGACAUCUGGAUCCAAGCUAAAGAGCUGGAUGUGCUUUUAAAGGCCGACAUGGAGCUGCGGAGAGAAGCAGACGUCCAGCAGCUGUUGGUGGUUAAAGAAGAGGUUCCUCCUGAGCAGCAGGAGUGGAGCUCCAGUCUGGACCAGGAGGAGCCAGAGCCCCCACACAUUAAAGAGGAACAGGAGGAACUCUGGACCAGUCAGGAGGGAGAGCAGCUUCAAGGGCUGGAGGAGGCUGAUAUCACCAAGUUCACAUUCACUCCUGUCCCUGUGAAGAGUGAAGAUGAUGAAGAGAAACCUCAGUCCUCACAGCUUCAUCACAGACGUACUGAACACAUGGAGACAGAAGCUGAUGGAGAGGACUGUGGAGGACCAGAACCAGCAUGGAACUCAGAUCCAGAUAGACAUCCAGAACCACAUCAUGAUGUCAAGACUGAACCAUCUUCUGAACCUGAUGACAGUGUUGACGUUGAGUUUUGGAGAGAGACCAGGAAACAUCAGUCAGGGUUCACUUAUCGCAGAAAUAAAAAAGUCUCUGUUAAUGAUGGAUUUAAUACCAGCGAGAAACCAUUCAGCUGCUCUGAUGACAAGGCUGAAACUGAUCCCAAGACUGGUGACAGAGUUGAUGGUGAUCAACCUCCGUCAGAUCUAAAGCGUAUAAAAGCUGAGGAAGUCUCCGUCAGUGUCUCAGGAUGUAACACUGACAUGAAACCUUUCAGCUCCUCUGAGUGUCAUCAAAGAUCUGAAGACAGUCUCACUCUGCUGACACUCAAGAAACCGCCCACAGGAGAGAAACCAUUCGGCUGCUCACUUUGUGGUCAAUUAUUUAACCAGCAGGAAAGCUUACGUUCUCACAUGACCUGUCACUCAGGGGAGAAACCUUUCCGCUGCUCUGUGUGUAACACAGACUGCAGUGACAGCGAGUCUUUAGUUCAACACAUGAGGAUCCACACGAUGCAAACGCGGUUUAAUUGCACAAUUUGUGGUGAAGAGUUUGCAUGGAGGAGAUAUCUGACAAAACAUCUGGAAGUUCACAAAAUCUACAGAUGUAGUGUUUGUGACCAAAGAUUCACUUGGUGUAAACAGCUCAAAGAUCAUAGAUGUGUUGGUCGUCGUUUCUCACGGAUUCAUCAACCUCAGACUGAGGAGAACAGAGAGGCAGAACCUCCAGCCAGCAGCUCAACUGAACAGAUUAAAACAGAAGCUGAUGGAGAGGGCUGUGGAGGACCAGAACCAGACAGGAACUCAGCUCCACAUAGACAUCCAGAACCAGAAACUGAUGUUAAGACCGGAGACUCUUCUGAACCUGAGACUGAUGACAGUGAGGAUUGGAAGGAGACCAGAGAACCUCAGUCAGGUUUAAACUCUCUGAAUAAUGAUGACGUUUCUGUCAGUGGUUCCAGAUGUAGAGCUGGUAAGAAACCAUUAAGCUGCUCUGAGUGUGGGAAAACAUUUAAGAAAAAGACUCAUCUUAAGAUACACAUGAGAUCUCAUACAGGAGAGAAACCAUUUAGCUGCUCAGUUUGUAAGAAAUGUUUUUCACAGAGUGGAAAUUUACAGAAACACAUGAGAAUCCACACAGGAGGGGAACCUUUCAGCUGCUCUGAUUGUGGGAAAAGAGUUGGCUCCCAGGAAAGUCUGAAGAAACACAUGAAAAUUCACACAGAAGAGAAAGUAUUCAACUGUUCAUUGUGUUGUAAAAAAAUCACUGGGAAGUGCAACUUGGAUGAACACAUGAGAAAGCACACAGAAGAGAAAAGAUUCAGCUGCAGUGUUUGCAGCCAAAAGUUCAUUUGGUUUUAUCAGCUCAGAAAACAUAAAUGUGUUGGUCAUCAGUCCUCACAGCUUCAUCAGACUGAGGAGGACGGAGAGGCAGAACCUCCAUCCAGCAGAUCAACUCAACACAUGGAGACAGAAGCUGAUGGAGAGGACUGUGGAGGACCAGAACCAGACAGGAACUCGGAUCCAGAUAGACAUCCAGAACCGGAGACUGGAGACUCUUCUGAACCUGAGACUGAUGACAGUGAGGAUUGGAAGGAGACCAGAGAACCUCAGUCAGGUUUAACGUCUCAUUUACAAUUGCUUGAGAAUUCGUACAGGGAAGAAACCAUUUAGUUGCAGUGUUUGUACCAAAAUAAUAACCUUCUUCGUCAAGUCAAAACCUAUACAUGUGUUGGUCUUCAGUCAUCACAGCUUCAUCAAACUCAGACUGAGGAGAACAAAGAGGCAGAACCUCUUGUGUCAGUACUUCAGAAAUAGAAAAGAGUAUGUAUCUAAUCCAAAGUGUUCGUCUCUUAAAGCAAACAUCUUGUGUGGAGUCCCACAAGGAUCAAUCCUCGGUCCUCUGCUUUUUCUUAUUAAUAUAAAUUACUUAGUUUUUGUCUCCCACGCUGUAUUUGCUAUUUUAUUUGCUGAUGAUACCAUUUUGUUUCUAUCUAAUCGAAAUACCGAUGAAAGUAAUUAACACUGAAAUGUGCAGGGAUGCAAAAUGGUUUAACCUAAAGAAGUUGUCUCUUAAUAUCAAGAACACUCAUUUUAUGAUAUUUGCAUCGUAAAAUAAGAAUUACUGUAGACAUAAGGCAGAGAUAAAUAUAGAUGGUGUACCCAUCACUCAAGUCUUUAGUACAUGUUUUUAUUAUCACCAUUGGGGACCAUGGACAAAUCUCAAUCUCCACACUCCUGGACUUUGAGGAGAAAAGAUGGAAGAAAAAAACAAAUGGAAGCAGAGAUUAUAUCACACAGAUUUAUUAAUCAAACAUUCCAUUUUGUUAUUGAAGCUGUUUAACAAAAACGAGUAAAUGGAUUAAUCUACAAAUACCUCUCAUCUAGUGAGUCAAAAGCCUUGAAGACAUUAAAAUCAGGGACUAAAAAGUAUAAGAUAAUACCCACAAUUGUGCAUAAUAUUUUUUACGUUGUCAUGGUAACGUGUUAUGUUGCAGCAAAGUGCCGUCCUAUUCGUGUUCACGAGAUUUCAAGCCCUCGGAGUCUCUCACAAUCGAACAUUUAACGUUGACGUCAUAGAGUCCCUGAGGGUUCAGGGUUUAAGGCUUUCGGGGGACCACUGGGACUGGGCCCAUGACAUAUUCCUUACUAUUUAUUAUUGCUUCAUAUAUCCAUAUCUUGUCCAUUAUGAUUUGUAUUAGCCAACACUUAAACCACUCUUUCUUCUUCACUAAAUGGUAUGUUAGAGUUGUUCAUUUUCUGCUUCAUUUUAAAACAAAACUGAACAUCUAUCUGUUUUGAUUUUGAUCAUCAGGAUGAUAAUUUGUGAAUUUGUUUAUAAAGUCGUCCCCAAGAAUUAAAGCUUUCCUAAACUUUUCUGGAAAUCUUUUCAGUUCAACUUAGAUCUUGACUGUUAUGAGACUAGACAGGUGUCACCUUUUCAUUCCCCUUGUUUUACUUCUGUUCACUGAGUGAUACUUUUUACACGAUAAUGAUGUUGUGCUUUGAAACUUAUUGUUUGUAUAAAAAUAUUUUUUAAUUAGUUUCUUUUCUUUGAAAGUCUUAAUCACAACUGGAGGCCCACGAUAAGCCGCUAAAGUCUGAAGAGACACACAAGGAUUCACAAAAGUGUUUUAUUACUUUAGAAGCUGCGAUUUAGUUUUUCAAAUGAAGCUUUGAAUGUCUGUCCUCAUGUUUUAUGAUGUCAUCACCCUAAA